AUGCAACCUUCCUUGGGAUGGGACAAGCUGGGAUGCAGCUGCAGCUUUGGAAGGAAUUGGGGGAAAUUGGGGAUCUUUGCUCUCAUGACGGUGGAAGUGAGCUCCUGGAGCCGGGUGCUGCUGCUCUCCGUGGGGCUGCUGGCUGUCUCAGCGACUGCCCAGAACUGCAGUUACAUUUUGCAUGGCCCAAAUGGGACAAUACAGAGUCCAGGCUUUCCAUAUGGAUAUCCAAAUUAUGCAAACUGCACGUGGACAAUCACUGCCGAGGAGCAGAACCGGAUACAGCUUGUUUUCCAGUCUUUUGCGUUAGAGGAAGAUUUUGAUGUGUUAUCUAUCUACGAUGGACUGCCUCAGCAGGGGAACUUGAGAACAAGGUUAACGGGUUUCCAGCUGCCUGCUCCUAUUGUGAGUACAGGGGUUGUGCUGUCCUUAUGGCUUGUGAGUGAUUAUGCGGUCAGUGCUCAAGGCUUCCAGGCAAACUAUGAAGUUCUACCAAGUCAUACGUGUGGGAACCCAGGAAGGCUGCAGAACGGCAUUCAGCAAGGGACGACGUUCAGCAUCGGGGACAAAGUGAGAUACAGCUGUAAUCCAGGCUUCUUUCUGGAAGGACACGCGUUGCUCACAUGUCACGCCAAUUCAGAAAACGGUGCCUCCUGGGAUUUUCCACUUCCCUUCUGCAGAGCUGAUGAUGCUUGCGGAGGGACUUUAAGGGGACAGAGCGGAAUUAUCUCAAGCCCUCAUUUUCCUUUGGAGUACGGCAAUAACGCAGACUGCACGUGGACUAUUCUCGCUGAACCUGGAGACACUAUUGCCCUGGUUUUCAUGGAUUUUCAACUGGAAGAUGGAUAUGAUGUUUUAGAAGUUGCUGGAACAGAGGGAUCUUCACUCUGGUUUACUGGAAUGAAUCUGCCGGCCCCGGUUAUCAGCAGUAAAAAUUGGCUGCGGCUUCACUUCACAUCAGAUGGCAACCACAGGCAGAAGGGGUUCAGUGCCCAGUAUCAAGUCAAAAAGCAAAUGGAGUUGAAGUCCAGAGGGGUGAAGCUAAUGCCAAGCAAGGACAAUAACCAGAAGACAUCAGUGUUAACUCAGGUUGGUGUGUCCCAGGGACAUAAUAUGUGUCCAGACCCUGGGAUUCCAGAGAGAGGCAAAAGAAUAGGCAACGAUUUUAGGUUGGGCUCCAGCAUCCAGUUCACCUGUAACGAGGGCUAUGAUUUACAAGGGUCCAAAAGCAUCACGUGUAAGAGAGUGAGCGACAUGAUUGUUGCAUGGAGUGACCACAGGCCAGUGUGCAGAGCAAGGAUGUGUGAUAUGUACCUUCGUGGUCCCAGCGGUGUGAUAACUUCUCCCAACUACCCUGUCCAAUACGAUAACAAUGCUUACUGCGUGUGGGUCAUCACGGCACUCAAUCCAGCCAAGGUUAUCAAACUCACCUUUGAAGAAUUUGAACUAGAAAGAGGAUAUGACACUCUGACAGUUGGUGAUGGAGGACAAGUUGGAGACCAGAAAUCUGUGCUUUACGUCUUGACAGGCACCACAGUCCCUGAUCUCAUUGUCAGCACACAGCACCAGAUGUGGCUCCUCUUCCAGACGGACAGUGUCAGUAACUUGCUGGGAUUCAAAGCAACGUAUGAAGAGAUCGACCAAGGGAGCUGUGGUGAUCCUGGGAUCCCGGCCUACGGCAGAAGAGAAGGAUCCACAUUCCGCCAUGGGGACAGUUUGAAGUUUGAGUGCCAGCCUGCCUUUGAGUUGAAGGGACAGAAAACAAUUACCUGCCAAAAGAGUAGCCAGUGGUCUGCUCAGAAACCAGUCUGUGUUUUUUCCUGCUUUUUCAACUUCACCACCCCGUCCGGGAUUGUGCUGUCACCAAAUUACCCUGAAGAAUAUGGAAGCAGCUUGCACUGUGUUUGGUUAAUUAUAGCUAAACCAGAGAGCCGAAUUCACUUGGCUUUCAAUGAUUUUGAUGUGGAGCCUCAGUUUGAUUUCCUAGCUGUGAAGGAUGGUGGGACUGCUGAGUCGCCGGUGCUGGGGACCUUCUCAGGAAACCAGAUCCCUUCCUCUCUGACCAGCAGCGGUCAUGUAGCCAGGCUGGAGUUCCAGACUGACCACUCCAUGGAGAAGAGAGGCUUCAACAUAACCUUCACUACAUUUAGGCAUAACGAGUGCCCUGACCCUGGCGUGCCUGUGAACGGAAAGCGAUUUGGUGACAGCCUCCAGCUUGGCAGCUCUGUGUCGUUCCUUUGUGAUGAGGGCUUCAUUAGGACCCAUGGCUCAGAAACCAUCACCUGCAUCUUGAAGGAGGGAAACGUGGUCUGGAACAAUGCAGUGCUCAGAUGCGAAGCUCCGUGUGGGGGCCACCUGACGUCCCCCAGCGGAACGAUCCUGUCCCCUGGCUGGCCUGGCUUCUACAAGGACUCCCUGAGCUGCGCCUGGGUGAUAGAGGCCCAGCCGGGCUACCCCAUCAAGAUCACGUUUGACAGGUUUAAGACUGAGGUGAAUUACGACACCCUGGAGGUGCGAGAUGGCCGGUCCUAUUCUUCCCCAUUGAUAGGUGUCUAUGAUGGGACUCAGGUGCCCCAGUUCCUCAUCAGCACCAGCAACUACCUCUACCUCCUCUUCACCACUGACAAAAGCCACUCUGAUAUAGGCUUUCAGAUCCGAUAUGAAACUGUGAAGCUCCAGUCAGACCACUGCUUGGAUCCAGGGAUCCCUGUAAAUGGACAGCGCCAUGGGAAUGAUUUCUACGUGGGAGCACUGGUGACGUUCAGCUGUGAUUCAGGCUACACUCUGAGCGACAAUGAAGCCCUGGAGUGUGAGCCAAACUUCCAGUGGAGCAGGCCACUGCCAAGCUGUGAGGCUCUAUGUGGAGGUUACAUUCGUGGUUCCAGUGGUACCAUCUUAUCCCCAGGCUUUCCUGAUUUUUAUCCAAAUAACUUGAACUGCACAUGGACAAUAGAAACUUCACAUGGAAAAGGUGUGUUCUUCACCUUUCAUACCUUUCACCUGGAGAAUGGCCAUGACUACCUCCUGAUCACUGAGAACACCAGCUUUGCCCAGCCGCUGAAGCAGCUCACAGGCUCUCGGCUGCCCGCCCCACUAAGUGCAGGGCUCUUUGGAAACUUCUCUGCCCAAAUUCGCUUCAUCUCAGACUUCUCCAUGUCCUACGAGGGUUUCAACAUCACCUUCUCAGAAUACGACUUGGAGCCCUGCGAUGAGCCAGAGGUCCCGGCCUACAGCAUCAGGAAGGGCCUGCAGUUCGGCGUGGGCGACGUCCUCACCUUCUCCUGCUUCCCCGGGUACCGGCUGGAGGGCGCGUCGCGCAUCACCUGCCUCGGGGGGCGGCGGCGUGUGUGGAGUUCGCCUCUGCCAAGGUGUGUUGCUGAAUGUGGCUCAUCUGUAACUGGAACCCAAGGUGUUCUGUUAUCCCCCAACUAUCCAAUAAACUAUAACAACAACCACGAGUGCAUCUACUCCAUCCAGACGCAGCCAGGAAAGGGGAUCCAGCUGAAAGCCAGGACUUUUGAACUGGAAGCAGGAGAUGUCCUCAAGGUCUAUGAUGGCAGCAAUAGCUCUGCUCGCCUGCUGGGUUCCUUUAGUCGCUCUGAAAUGCUUGGCACCAGCAUAAACAGCACUUCCAGCAGCAUGUGGCUUGAGUUCAUCACCAACAACGAGAACACGAGUAAAGGCUUUGAGCUGCAGUUUUCUAGUUUUGAACUCAUCAAAUGCGAGGACCCUGGCAUCCCGCAGUUUGGCUACAAGGUCCAUGAUGAAGGACACUUCGCUGGCAGCUCUGUAUCCUUUAAUUGCGACCCUGGCUAUACACUGCGAGGCAGCAGGGUGCUGGUCUGUCUGACUGGAGAGCGGAGAGCUUGGGAUCAGCCCCUGCCAACCUGUGUAGCUGAGUGUGGGGGUACUAUCAAAGGAGAGUCGUCAGGACGGAUACUGUCUCCUGGAUACCCCACACCCUACGAUCAUAAUCUGAAUUGCAUUUGGACAAUAGAGGCAGAAGCUGGCUGCACAAUAGGGCUCCAUUUCAUGGUUUUCCACACUGAGGAGUUCCAUGAUGUGCUGAGGAUCUGGGACGGUCCGGUGGAGAAUGGAAUCCUCCUAAAGGAGAUGAGUGGGUCCAGCUUACCCAGCGAUGUCCACAGUACUUUCAAUUCUGUCAUCCUUCAGUUCAACACGGAUUUCUUCACGAGCAAGCAGGGCUUCGCUGUUCAGUUUUCAGUUUCCACUGCCACUUCCUGUAAUGACCCAGGGAUUCCUCAGAAUGGGAGCCGGAGUGGUGACAGCAAAGAGGCAGGCGACUCCAUCGUCUUCCAGUGUAAUCCAGGAUACACUCUGCAAGGGGAGGCCAAAAUCACUUGUGUGCAGAUUGAGAACAGAUUUUUCUGGCAGCCAGACCCUCCCUCCUGCACAGCUCCCUGUGGAGGUAUCUUGACAGGACCAGCAGGAGUGAUCUUGUCCCCGCAGUACCCAGAGCCCUACCCGCCAGGGAAGGAGUGUGACUGGAAGCUGACCGUCUCUCCUGACUAUGUCAUUGCCUUGGUAUUCAAUAUCUUCAGUUUGGAGCCUGGCUAUGAUUUCCUUCAUAUUUAUGAUGGACCCGAUUCACUCAGCCCCCUGAUUGGAAGCUUUUAUGGCUCCCAGCUACCCGAGAGGAUAGAGAGCAGCAGUAACAGCCUCUUCCUUGCUUUCCGAAGCGAUGCAUCUGUCAGCAACACUGGAUUUGUCAUUGACUACACAGAAAAUCCCAGGGAGUCCUGCUUUGAUCCUGGCUCAGUUAAGAACGGUACACGGGUGGGUACAGACCUGAAACUGGGAUCCACCAUUACCUACUACUGUGACGGCGGGUAUGAUAUUGAAGGGGUCUCCACGCUGAUGUGCAUAAUGGGAGAAGAUGGAAAACCCACGUGGAACAGACCUCGACCUACCUGUACAGCACCCUGUGGUGGUCAGUACACAGGCUCAGACGGCGUAGUCCUUUCUCCAAAUUACCCCCAGAAUUACACCAGUGGACAAGUCUGCUUGUACUUCAUCGUUGUGCCAAAGGACUACGUGGUCUUCGGGCAGUUUGCCUUCUUCCAGACGGCGCUCAACGAUGUCAUUGAAGUUCACGAUGGCCCCAACCAGCAUUCUCGGCUCCUCAGCUCCCUCUCAGGAUCUCAUACAGGUGAAUCACUACCAUUAGCUACCACCAACCAGAUUCUCAUCAAAUUUAGUUCCAAGGGUCAAUCUACAGCCAAAGGUUUUCAUUUUGUCUACCAAGCGGUUCCUCGGACCAGUGCCACCCAGUGCAGCUCAGUCCCGGAGCCACGCUACGGCCGGCGGCUGGGCAGCGACUUCGCGGUGGGGGCCGUGGUGCGCUUCGAGUGCAGUGCUGGCUACGCGCUGCAGGGCGCCCGCAGCAUCGAGUGCCUCACCAUGCCCGGCGCGCUGGCUCAGUGGAACGUUUCUGUGCCCACCUGUGUGGUGCCAUGUGGUGGAAAUUUGACUGAACGCAAAGGCACCAUCCUCUCCCCUGGCUUUCCUGAGCCAUACCUGAAUAGCCUCAACUGUGUGUGGAAGAUAACAGUCCCCGAAGGAGCAGGAAUACAGAUACAGGUGGUCAGUUUUGUCACUGAGCAGAACUGGGAUUCCCUGGAAGUGUUUGAUGGAGGAGAUAACACAGCCACCAUGCUGGGAAGCUUCUCUGGAACUACAGUGCCUGCGUUGCUGAACAGCACUUCAAACCAGCUCUAUCUGCAUUUCUAUUCGGAUAUCAGCGUCUCUGCUGCUGGCUUUCACCUGGAAUACAAAACCGUCGGUCUGUCCAGCUGCCCAGAGCCCCCAGUUCCUGGGAACGGCCUCAAGAUCGGGGAGCGCUAUUUAGUGAACGACGUCGUCUCCUUCCAAUGCGAACCAGGCUACGCCCUCCAGGGACACUCUCACAUUUCGUGCAUGCCGGGCACUGUGCGGCGCUGGAAUUACCCCCCUCCACUUUGCAUUGCCCAAUGUGGAGGAACAGCUGAAGAGAUGGAAGGAGUGCUCCUGAGCCCAGGGUUCCCAGGAAACUACCCCAGCAAUCUGGACUGCACAUGGAAGAUAUUGCUGCCAGUGGGGUUUGGUGCUCACAUCCAGUUCCUAAACUUCUCCACCGAGCCAAACCAUGACUUUGUUGAAAUCCGCAAUGGGCCAUACGACACCAGUAAUGUCAUAGGGCGGUUCAGUGGCACCGAAAUCCCAGGCUCCCUCCUGUCCACAUCUCAUGAAACCACUGUGUAUUUCCACAGCGACCACUCGCAGAACAAGCCAGGCUUCAAGCUGGAAUACCAAGCCUACGAGCUGCAGGAAUGCCCUGACCCUGAACCUUUUGCCAACGGCGUUGUAAGAGGAGCUGGUUACAACGUUGGCCAGUCCAUCUCUUUUGAGUGUCUGCCUGGGUACCAGCUGAUCGGGCACCCUGUCCUGACGUGUCAGCACGGCACCAACAGGAACUGGGAUCACCCAUUGCCCAGGUGUGAAGUGCCUUGCGGGGCCAACAUCACCACCCAGAAUGGUACGGUUUACUCUCCUGGCUUCCCCAACCAGUACCCCAAUUCCCAGGACUGCACUUGGCUCCUUACAGUGCCUGUGGGCUAUGGGAUCCAUCUCAACUUCACUCUGUUGCAAACAGAGCCCUACAAUGAUUUCAUCACGAUUUGGGAUGGUCCACAGCAAACAGCCCCACAGCUUGGUGUGUUCACUGGCAACUCUGCUAAGAAGUCAGCCCAAAGCUCUUCCAACCAGGUCCUGAUGAAAUUCCACAGCGAUGCAGCCAAUGGAGGGAUUUUUGCCAUUUAUUUCUAUGCCUACCAGCUCUUCAGAUGUCAGCCUCCGACCAUCGUUCCCAACGCAGAAGUCAUCACUGAGAAUGAAGAGUUUAACAUAGGUGACAUCGUGAGGUACAGAUGUCUGCCUGGCUUUACAUUGAUUGGAAAUGAAAUCCUGACCUGCAAGCUAGGCACGCAUCUUCAGUUUGAAGGACCCCCACCCACCUGUGAAGUGCCUUGCCCGAUGAACGAGGUUAUGACAGACUCCACCGGCGUGAUCCUCAGCCAGAGCUUCCUGGGAAGUUACCCCCACUUUCAGACCUGUUCUUGGGUGGUCAAGGUAGAGCCUGGAUAUAACGUCUCCCUCACCAUCGAGUACUUCCUCAGUGAGAAGCAAUAUGACGAGUUUGAAAUCUUUGAUGGUCCCUCUGGCCAGAGUCCGCUGCUCUUGUCACUGAGUGGUAACUACUCUGCUCCUCUGACUGUUACCAGCAGUGGGAACAAAGUCUAUCUCCGUUGGUCCUCCGAUCAUGCCUACAACAGAAAAGGCUUCAAAAUCCGCUACUUCGCUCCGUACUGUAGCCUCCCGCAGCCGCCAGCCCACGGGCUGAUUCUCAGCCAGACGGGUCUGCACCCUGGCAGCACAGUUCGCUUCGGAUGUGACACAGGCUAUCGCCUCGUUGGCCACAGCACCACCACCUGCUCCCAGCACCCCCAAGGCUACUUCCACUGGAACGAAGCAAUCCCUCUGUGCCAAGCUCUUUCCUGCGGCGUUCCCAGAGCACCAAAGAACGGUGUCGUCUUUGGCAAGGAGUACACAGUGGGUACGAAAGCCGUGUACCACUGCAACCAGGGCUUCCAGCUUCAGCCCGGGGAGGAGUCCAGCACCGAGUGCCUGCAGGCAGGACAGUGGAGUAACAGCAACCAGCCCCCGCAGUGCGUGGCUGUCACCUGUCCCGACAUCAACAGCAUCGCAGUUGAGCACGGUCGGUGGCGGCUGACCUACGAGAUCCAGUACCACUACAACGCCCAGCUCAUGCUCAUCUGUGACCCGGGCUACUACUACACAGGCCAGCGGGUCAUCAGGUGCCAAGCCAAUGGGAAGUGGAGCAUAGGUGAACCGAUGCCGACCUGUAAAAUUAUCUCUUGUGGAGAUCUGCCAAUUCCUCCUAACGGCAACAAGAUCGGCACGCUGACCAGCUACGGUGCCACGGCCAUCUUCUCGUGCAAUACCGGCUACACCCUGGUAGGGUCCCGCGUGCGGGAGUGCAUGGCCAACGGACUUUGGAGUGGAGCUGAAGUGAAAUGUCUGGCUGGGCACUGUGGUGUUCCCAGUCCCAUUGUCAAUGGGCAGAUCAAUGGGGAGAACUACAACUACCGCGGCAGCGUGGUUUAUCAGUGCAACCCUGGCUUCCGCCUGAUCGGGAUGUCUGUGCGGAUCUGCCAGCAGGACCACCGCUGGUCUGGGAAGACUCCUGUCUGUGUGCCCAUCACCUGCGGCCACCCUGGCAACCCUGCCAAUGGCUUGACCCAAGGGAGUCAGUUCAAUCUGAACGAUGUGGCCAAGUUUGUGUGCAACACUGGGUACCGCCUGGAAGGGGCAUCGCAGUCCCAGUGCCUUGCCAACGGGCAGUGGAGCAGCAGCCUGCCCGCCUGCCGCGUUAUAAACUGUACUGACCCCGGGCACCUGGAAAACAGCAUCCGUCAAGUGCAGCCAAGUGGUCCUCACAGAUUCAGCUUUGGAACAACUGUCUCAUAUCAGUGCAGCCAUGGAUAUUACUUAUUGGGUACCCAUGUACUGACUUGUCAGGGGGAUGGCACUUGGGACCGUGCCCUCCCACAGUGUCUUUUGGUCUCUUGCGGGCACCCGGGCUCCCCGCCGCAUGCUCAGAUAUCAGGUGACAAGUACACCGUCGGCUCCGUGGUCCGGUACAGCUGCCUCGGGAAGCGGACUCUGAUCGGCAACUCCACUCGCAUGUGCCAGCUUGACGGGCGCUGGAGCGGCUCCCUGCCACACUGCUCAGGAGGCAGCCAGGGCGUGUGUGGUGACCCGGGGAUCCCGUCUCACGGCAUUGGGCUGGGAGAUGAGUUUGAUGUAGACAGCAUGGUCCGCUUCAGCUGCGAGCCCGGGUACACGCUCCGGGGUUCAUCUGAGAGGACCUGCCAAGCCAACGGCUCCUGGAGCGGCACACAGCCCGAAUGUGAAGUUAUAUCCUGUGGAAACCCAGGGACACCCAGCAACGCGAAGGUUAUAUUUAACGACGGCUUGAUCUUCUCCAGCUCCGUUAUCUACCAGUGCCGGGAAGGCUACUAUUCCACAGGGGUGCUGAGCAGGCACUGCACUGUGAACGGGACAUGGACCGGGACCACUCCAGAGUGUACAGUGAUCAAUUGUGGUGACCCCGGUGUCCCAGCCAACGGCAUUAGGCUGGGCGGUGAUUUUACCUACAAUAAAACAGUGGUGUUCCAGUGCAUGCCUGGCUACAUGAUGGAGUCAGACAGGGCAUCCUCUCUAACAUGCACAAAAGACCGAACCUGGAAUGGCACCAAACCUGCCUGCAAGGCUAUCAUCUGUAAAUCCCCGCAAGCCAUCCCCAAUGGCAAAGUCGUGGGCUCGGAUUUCAGCUGGGGCUCCAGCGUGAGCUACACCUGCCUGGAAGGGUACCAGCUCUCCCUGCCCGCUGUGCUCACCUGCGAGGGGAACGGGACGUGGAGCGGGGAAAUUCCCCAGUGCUUCCCUGUGUUCUGCGGUGAUCCUGGGAUACCCGCUCAAGGCAGACGGGAGGACAGAGGCUUUACGUACCGCUCGUCCGUCUCCUUCUCCUGCUUGGCCCCCCUGGUGCUGGUGGGAUCAGCCCGGAGGUUCUGCCAGUCUGAUGGGACGUGGAGCGGGACCCAGCCCAGCUGCAUAGACCCGAGCCUCACAACGUGCGCGGACCCUGGCGUGCCUCUCUUUGGGAUGCAGAACAACUCCCAGGGCUACCAGGUGGGAAGCGUAAUUUUCUUCAAGUGCCAGAAGGGGUACCUGCUGCAGGGCUCAACCACCCGGACCUGCCUCCCCAACCUGACAUGGAGCGGCGUGCAGCCAGACUGCGUCCCUCACCACUGUAAGCAGCCAGAAACCCCCUCCCACGCCAACGUCGGGGCUCUGGAUUUGCCAUCCCUGGGCUACACCUUGAUCUAUUCCUGUCAGAACGGGUACUAUCUCACUGGAGGAUCUGAGCAUCGAACCUGCAAAGCAGAUGGCAGCUGGACGGGAAAACCACCCAUUUGCCUCGCUGACAUCCGCCCCAGCGGAAGGCCGGUUGGCACCGUGCGGGACCCGCCACUUGCCAAGGUGUCAGUGCCUGCUGAUGUGUUUGCAAGAAAUUCCCUUUGGAAAGGCUCCUAUGAAUACAUGGGGAAGAAGCAGCCCGCGAUGCUGUCUGUCACCAGCUUUGACCCUGUCACCAGUAAAGUCAAUGCCACUUUAAUAGACCACAGCGGCGUGGAGCUCCAAGUGUCUGGCAUUUACAAGAAAGAAGAUGUGCACCUGCUUCUCCAGGUUUAUCAGAUAAUGGGGCCAGUGGAGAUCUUUUUAAACAAGUUCAAAAAUGAUAAAUGGGCUCUAGAUGGACAUGUCUCAUCAGAGUCAUCAAGUGGCACGUUUGUGUACCAGGGCUUUGUGCGUGGCAAAGGGUUCGGGCAGUUUGGUCUUCAGAGACUGGACAUCAGCAUGAUGGAAAAUGAUCCAGAAUCAAUAGGACACCAUUUUGCAUCAAACAGCAGUUCUGUGGCAGCUGCCAUUCUUGUGCCUUUCAUAGCCCUGAUUAUUGCAGGGUUCGUGCUUUAUCUGUACAAACACAGGAGAAGACCAAAAGUCCCAUUCAAUGGCUAUGCAGGCCAUGAAAACACCAACGUCCGAGCAACAUUUGAAAACCCUAUGUAUGACCGAAACCUGCAGCCCACAGACAUCAUGGCCAACGAGACGGAGUUCACAGUCAGCACUGUGUGCACAGCUGUAUAG